AGACUACUCCAUCUAGAGCCCCCUGAUAUUCCGUUCAGCCUGCAAAACGAUUGUAGAACAAAUUUGUGUAUAGUAGUGAAAUUUUGAUAAUCAGAAAACGGCACAAUGUUGGUCUGGAAAAGCAAGGGACUGCUGCAGCGCUUACUCAAUCCGCGGAGCAUACGCCGUGAGUUCAAGGUGGCUGUGGUGGGUGCCAGCGGUGGCAUUGGUCAGCCCCUGAGCCUGCUCCUGAAGCAGAAUCCUCUGGUGUGCGAGCUGUCCAUCCACGAUAUGCGAAACAUCAAGGGCGUCGAGGCGGAUUUGUCGCACAUCUGCACCUCGGUCCAGACGAAUGCGUUCGAGGACCAGCAGCUUGGCGAUUGCCUGGCUGGUGCCCAUGUGGUGGUCGUGCCCGCCGGACUGCCCCGCAAGCCGGGAAUGACCCGGGACCAGCUGUUCGAAGCGAAUGCUGGGGUGGCCCUGCGCGUAGCCUGCGCCGUCAGCGAGUCCUGUCCUCAGGCUCUGCUGGCGUUUGUCACCAAUCCAAUCAACUCGAUCGUGCCCAUUGCCGCGGAGCUGCUGAAGGCCAAGAAUGCGUACGAUCCGCGGCGUUUGUUUGGCAUCACCACUCUGGAUGUGGUGCGCGCCAGGACCUUCGUCGGGGACUUUCUCAAUCUGAAUCCAGCGAAGGUGGAUCUGCCUGUGAUUGGGGGCCAUGCCGGCAAAACCAUACUGCCCAUAUUUUCGCAGUGCUGUCCGAGUUUCCAGUGCAAGCUGGAGGAUAUAAGGCGCCUGACGCAUCGCAUCCAGGAGGCCGGAACCGAGGUGGUGAUUGCCAAGGCCGGUACUGGCUCAGCCACGCUGUCGAUGGCCUAUGCGGCAGCCCGCUUUGUAAACUCACUGCUGCGUGGCCUCAACGAGGAGCCGGAUGUGAUGGAGUGCGCCUAUGUGGGCUACAAGUCACCUUGUCUGCCCUUCUUCUCCACACCCCUGAUGCUGAGUGCCAAGGGGAUCGAGAAGAACCUGGGCUUGCCGCAUCUGGAUGACUUUGAGCGAGAGUCCCUGGAGCAAAUGCUGCCCGAACUGGAGAAAAGCAUACAGAAGGGCAUCGCCUAUGCCAAGGAGAAUAUUGCGGCAAAGGACGAGAAGGAACAGUGCAAGAAAGAGUGCUAAAAGUAACCCCAUCGAGCCAUUGAUCAUUUUGCAUCUCAUUCAUUACACUCCACAUUCCAUAUUCCACGUACAUAUACUCGUACAUACAUACUACACAUUCAUGCUGCGCUGACACACACAGAACACAUACAAUUAGUGAAACAUCAUGUUGCUGAUAAUGCUGAUUUUCAUGGGCACUACACACCACACUGAUUACAACCGAUAGAUAGGCCUGAGAUCCCAUACGCCACUGAUCAUGAUGCAAUGCCUUCCCCAUUCAGAAUUCCCUUCCGGCAAUAAUACGGAAUCUCCAGCCACACUACUCGCAAUGCUCGUAGCACACGCAUUCCCCGGCUGAUCUCACUGACCUGGCCCAUCUUGUUUACUUUCCAAAUACGUAUUAAUUCAUUCAAAUUUAUAUACAUACACGUAUGUAUAUCGGGCCAAACUAAUUAAUGUCGAACUAACAAUGUCUGUAAUUGCAUAUCAGGGAUUCCAGGAAAAUUGUAAAUUGUAAAUCCCCCGUCUCAAAUAACAACAAAAAUAUGGAAACUUU